AUGCCAGCCCUCCCGUUGACGCCACCCCCACACUUGUCCACAUUACCUGCGGUGGCCAAAUCUACGAAUUGCGUGCUUCCUAGUCUCCGCCAGCUGUUUCCGCAGUACAUCCGCCCUCAGAAUAGCACCGAGCUUCACCUAUUCAGCCCAUUGAAGCACAACUUCAGCUCAUCGCCUUCUGGAACCCCAAACCUUCACGAAUUGGAUGAACCGAGUAUUUCUGGAUCAAACCGAGAAACCAAAAACAGGACGUGUUCUGAGUUGCGGGUCCAGAGCAAGAAACAUGGGUGCACGACCUGCGGGCGAACUUUCAACCGUCCGAGCAGCCUUGCGACGCACAUGAACACGCAUACUGGCGCUGAACCAUUUCGUUGCUCCCUAGCGGGUUGUUCUCGCCGCUUCAACGUAGAAUCAAAUAUGCGACGGCAUCUUCGAACACGCCAUGGGGUAGAUACUACUCGGAUGUUUGAGAAGCCAGAGCCAGAGGUCAACCCCCCACUAACCUCUGGCGAUGCCCCCCACUGGCACGUCCGUCAAACUCUCUCAUCACGGGUCUCAUUCCUGGUUCAACCAUAUAUUGCGCUCCCUUCUGCCCAGCAACCACUUUCGGGAGAGUUGUCUCUUUUUUGCGACGUCGCGAGGUGA